UGUGGCAACCGCGUCGCGAGACGCGCGCUCCUGAACAUUUCUGUUACCUGGUACUUUUGUAGUGUGUGAAACGUGUUUUAGUGUUUGUGUGUUUAACUAAACAGUAAGCAUACGGGAGAAGAAACCAAGUGCAGAUAGUGACAAUGGACUGGCACCCUUAGUGAGCAGGAUGCGGUGUGUGCGAUGGCGCGGCGCCGGGGCGCAGCUUUGGGGCGCACUGCUUACCGUCGCCGUACUAGCGGAGGUGGCCAGCCUCAGCGGACCCAACGUGUGCAUGGUCAAGCAGAAAUACAAUAUAACGAAGCGAGUGAAGUACCGCGCGCCGAUGUCUGUGCGAACAUACGAGUGGUGCUUUUCCAUGCCACCGCGCUGCUCACGCUGGAGUACGGAGAUGAGAGACCUCACGCGGCUAGAGACAGAAGAACGCACAGCAGAAGUAGCCGUAUGCUGUCCAGGAUACAAAAUGAAAGACGUGUCCUGUGUACCAAUUUGUCCUUACGGGAAGACCGGUCAAGGAUGUUCAGAUGACUGUCCGGAGAACAAGUGGGGCCCAAACUGCGUGUACAACUGCACACAAUGUGCUGACCAUGGCGUGUGCUCGCCGCUUACUGGUGACUGCGAGUGCGAGGAUGGAUGGCAAGGUGAGAGCUGCGAAUUCCGCAUGUCAACUACACAAGCAACGACAACUGCGUUGGAAGAGUUACUAACAACAUCAAAAACUUCAACUGUUACUAAUCCUCUACCAACUGGAACACCUCUUAGUAGAACUACUAUUAGCAAUGCAUCAACUGCUAGUACCACAUUAGAAACUAGUACUGUGACGACUCCAUUAACUUCUGAACAUAGUUCUAGUUCUCUUAGCACUACCUCAAUUUCUCCUAAAUCAACCACUUCUAAUAUAGUGACGUCAUCAUCUAAGGAGGCACCAUCUACUACAGAAAUUAAUUUAACAACAGCAUCAAAUAUCGAAAAGGAAAAUUUAUCAGCUCGAAGAAAUCAAUACGAAAGUGUUGAAAGCACUACCGUAACUUUAACAACUACCCCGAUUGUAAAAUACGAAAAUGUGACAAUUCCAACGGAAACUACAAUCCCUAUUACAAGUACAAGAAUUCUAUCAACUAUAAGAGAUAUUAAAUAUACAGAAUCAAUAUACAACAGAACCGAAAUAUCAUUGGAUAUUUUAUCUACAACCCCAUACAUUGAUACAACGAUACUUACUUCGACCAAUGCAAUAAUCACUACUACAGAAAGUACAAAGAAACCAACUAUAUCUACAGUUGAGAACAAGAGUUCACCGUAUACAACAAGGGCAAAUGUAUUUACAUCAACGGAAAACGAACUGACUACAAAAACAGAAACUACAAAGAGACCUGAAACAACAACGAGAGCUCUAUCAACUAUAAAAUUCAAACCAAAAGAAAUUUGGAUUAAACCAACGCAGAAAGGUGAAUCUACUGUUAUUGACUUUAAAAUUAAAUCAAAUCAUGAAUCAGUAUAUCCAAGAAAUCGAGUCGCGACCAAGAAAGAGAAUUCAUCAGAAUUCACAACACCAAGGACCAUCAUUGUUUCAAUAAUACCGACAUCAGUAUCGUAUGCUACUUUCAAAAAAAUCGCUCUCACCACUUCUUCCUAUCUAACAACGAAAAACACGAAUGUUAUUACUAAACUUAAUAAAACUGAACAUGGGUUUACGUCAUCAAUGACAUCACAAACUUCUCUCCCACCGUUCAUUAAAAAAAUAAUAAUAUCAAGUAACGUUCCGAAAAACAUAAGCACUUUUUCGAAUUCCGCGCCGAAAAUACGUAAGAAUGUGUCAGCACUUCAAACUUUGAACGAUAAAGAUUUAUUGUCCAACAUGACAAUAUCUGGUCCUAGUACAACUAACAGCAUGGCAAGCAUGGAGACAAACACUUCAAGAUUGAACCCCUCUACCUUCCUAACAACAAUUUCAACUUCGACUAACAGUACCACGACUACACCAAAGACCACCGUUGAAAAAGUAACUAAGAAACCCACCAUGAGACCCAUUAAGCCGGUAUUCCUGGAAACUACAACUCUAACCUCAAUGGUUUAUAAGAGAAUUAUUUUUGAAAAUGGCACAAAGCCAAUUCCAAAUUUAAAGACGACUAAAAAGCCUGAAAAGGUACUAACAAGAAUGAAUAUAACAGAAACGAAAAUUAAAGAUCCCAAAAAGAGUUUAACAAAAAAUUUUACUAAACAUUUAACAACGAAGGAACCAGACGAUGAAACUUUUCAUAUUUUAACAGAGCCCGAGCAUAUCACAGCUGUGAUGAAUGAAAAAGAGCGAGACAGAACGUCAAUGGACUUAAUAUCAGUAGUGAGUAUAGCUGGUGGAGUGAUGAUGGCAGUUAUCACCGUGGCAGUCCUCAUCGUCAUGGUGGAACGCUGCAGGAGGCCCAGGUUUGAAGAAGUGAGGAAAGUCAAUGAUAUUAGAAUGCAAGUUAUGAUAGACAAUAACGACGCACCGCCGCCAUACACGAGAAGCAUCUUCCAUACGCCUUUACCAGAACCUCCGUCUGACAAAUGUCAUUACCAACCAAUAUCCACUUUGGAUCGAAAUUUGAAACAGUUUAUGAGGCCGGUUGUAGUGCAAAACAUCUCGCCUAUAAUGUUGGAAAACUUUAGAGGUAUAUUGGAAUGUCAUUAUGACCAUUUACCUCGAAGAAAUCACGAUUUCGGCACGAUGCCUACUCGUUUUGCUGCAGCGCCAUCUAUGAGCUACUCUCAAGAACUACGGUGUCAAAAAUCAAGAUCCGUAAACGACUCCACGAUAGAUGCACUAAAAUGUGAAGCCAAACUCGAUGUAAUUGAUACAUCUACCUCAGAACCUUUAUAUGCUGAAAUACCAUGCUGGCGACCACCUUCCGAACACGCUAUAGAAAUACUCAAUCUAAACGGAGAAGCUAUAACGGAGUUAUGAUCGCAGCAAUGUGAAAAAGUUUUCUAAAGUAACCAACAGAUGGCAGUCUUUGUAUAUUAGUGUUUAUGAAUGUUUUUAGUAUUACGUAGGUUCUAAUUUAUGCCAAAGACAUUAUAGUACUUUUAAUUUGUACUCAUAUUAUUAAGAAUAGGAAAUAAAUAAAG